CAUUCAGGUUCAGUCACUCAUUGAACGCCCGAAGGCGCGAAACGUUGUCGUUUGCCGUUCUUAUCAACGUUCGGAGAACGGACUUUUCACCAUUAACUUGGAAUCCGGAUAGCAAUUAACUAAGUUUUUAUUAAGGUUUGUCUACCUAAAGGAAAUUUACAAAGUUUGCCGGUUCAAUAUGACGGCAAGCAAGCAGCAGGAGGCCGAGGCCGAACAUGAUCCCCAGGUGGUGGUCACACCCGCAGAUGCUACCCACAGCUCUCGCCAUGACAAGGGUCUGUGGCGGGAUCUCACCUCCUACUGGAUCCUGGGUCUGUGCAACAACUAUGGCUAUGUGGUGAUGCUAAGUGCUGCGCACGAUAUCAUCAAGCAGUUUAAUCCGAACGACGAGUCUGCCGAGAGUGAUUCGGGUAGAAAUUGCCACUUGGUGUCCACCGGAGCCAUUCUGUUGGCCGAUGUGCUUCCCUCACUGUUUGUCAAAAUGCUGAUGCCCUUCUUUCCCUUUUGGGUUAACUUUCGCAUUGCUCUGGCCGUGAUCUUCUCGGCAGCUGGUUUCCUGCUGGUGGGUUUCGCCAAUGCCGAGUGGAUGGCCCUGCUGGGCGUGAUCAUUACCUCGGCUAGCAGUGGAAUUGGAGAGACCACUUUUCUGGCCUAUUCUUCGCGCUACAACAAGAAUGUGAUAUCCACCUGGUCAUCUGGAACUGGUGGUGCCGGUGUCAUCGGUUCCCUUAGCUAUGCCAGCUUGAGAUCUCUGGACUUUAGUCCCAGGGACACUAUGCUGAUAAUGCUGAUCUUUCCGGCCAUAGAGGCCUUUGCCUUUUGGUUGCUCCUGCGUCGUCCUCAGGUCGACAUCCUUCCGGUCACCACAGUGGAGUCCACUGAGGUGCUGAUCUCCGACGAGAAGCCGCUGGUUGGCUUCAAAGAGAAGUUCUUCUACAUCAAGCAUCUCUUCAAGUACAUGUUGCCGCUCUGCCUGGUGUAUUUCUUUGAGUACUUCAUCAAUCAGGGAUUGUUUGAGUUGGUAUACUUCGAGGACAUCUUCCUGGACAAGGAUUCGCAGUAUCGCUGGCUGAAUGUGGACUAUCAGAUUGGUGUCUUCAUAUCUCGGUCAUCGGUGAACAUCUUCCAGCUAGACAAGAUCUGGCUGAUGUCAAUCUUCCAGUUUGUCAAUGUGAUCUACUUCCUCACCGAGGUCAUCUGGUGGUACACGCCCAGCAUCUGGAUAGUGUUCGCCAUUGUCCUAUGGGAGGGCCUUCUCGGAGGCGGUGCCUACGUGAACACCUUCUAUCGGAUGUCCAAGGAAAUAUCACCAGAGCGUCAGCAAUUCGCCAUGGCCAUGGUGGUCCAGUCGGAUUCCUAUGGAAUUGCCCUGGCCGGUUUCCUUGCCAUUCCCGUGCACAACGCCAUCUGUGGAUUGCCGGCGGCGGUAAGAAGCGUUGUCUGGUGAUCGAUAAUUGGUUCUGGAUCAGGAUCAGGAUCAGAUUAUGCCUUUACUGUGUGCAUGUGUUGCUAAUUAAGUGUGUAUGUCUGUGCAUGUCCCGAUAGUAUUAGCCACUGAGUGUGACUCCCAGGAGCCAGGUGUGUAGAUGUUAUGUACUGCUCCUGUUCGAUUACUCUAAGCUUAGUUUAAUAACAAAUAAAAUAUAUACAUUUUUGUGCUCUUAAAAAUGAUAUUUUAAUGUGUUAAAAAAGGUAUCUAACGAACUUUACUAAUAAACAAAUAGAAGUCGACUUAAAAAUGUUUAACCCUGACAGUUCUGGGACUUUCAAUUUGCCAAAGCCAAGUGUAAUGCAUAUCUUUAAAGUUUAUUCUUUCCAAAUCGAUCACGGCUAACCAGAUCGCUAUAACUACACCGAAAA